GCAUAAAAAUUUUGAAAAAAUAGAAGAAGUUUAUGUCAAAUUAUUUUUCAUUUACAUAUUGGUCUAUUUUUAAAUGUAUACCAUUUAUAUACAAACAGAUAAGAUAUCAAAACUAAAUGGUUUUUAAUAAAAUCGUUUUAUUAUUAGUUUUACUAUUUAUAACAAGUUGAAAAAAUGGGUGCAACAAGCUCUCAUUUUCACGACACAUUUUCUCAAAUGCUCAGUGACGAUUCAAUAAAUACGCUUCUGUCAGACGAAAUAAACAAAUUAACUUACGACGAUUUUUUAAAUUUAGUCAGAGAGAUAAAUGAACUAUCAAAAAAAUGUUUAGAUAAAAACGGUAAUCAAUUAAUAUUCGCCGUAAAAAACGUUAACGAUUCAACUAUAUUUUGGAAAGCUACGAUACAAAUUGCUUGCGUUAAAAUAGACCCGGAAGAUCAAAAAAUAAUUACAUUUAGGCUGUUAUCCCUUAACCAAUUUAUAAAGGUUUUUAAGACGUUAAAGUGCCAAACUAUAGCCGUAGAGCAAUGUGAAAACUACGACACUAAGGACGAUGUUGAUAGCAUCAGUAUAUCUGGUAUUAUAGAAAGGUUAUCAGAAUCAAGUACGGAAAGUCAAACUAUAUGCUGCAUUUGUUUCGAAAGGAAACAGGAAGUAUUAUUACCCUGUGCGCAUAGUUACUGCUUAAGUUGUAUAGAAGAAUGGAACGAGACUCACGAUACUUGUCCUAUUUGCAGAGAAAAAUUAGACAGUACAGACGAUACUUGGGUAUUAUCAGAUGUACCAAAAGCAGAAGAAAUAAGCAAAGAAAUUAGAGAUAACUUAUUAAAUUUGACGAAUAAAGAUGGACAUUCUUGUACACCUUUUUAAUAUAUAACUUUAUAGAUAACGAGGGAAUUGUAGGGUGUUUUUAAUUAAAAAAAACACUGGCUUGUUUAUGAAAAUUUUCCUUUCAUAAACAGAUUUUCUUUCAUUUCUUGCUGUUCAUAAGACUUGACUAUAUGUACCCUCUUUACUAAUACAUUUCGUCAUUAAGAAAAGUUUCCAAAUGAUCACAAUUUUCAUAUUUUUUCAAUAUUUUCUUGCUGGGCUAGAAUUUUCAAAAUACUAAAUGCUAGUAUCGAUUUUCACCUGUAUUAUCUGAAUAAGAUGGUGGAGAAAAAUUUUCAAUGUGCAAUUAUAUCUAUAAGAAUCGAAAUAUUGUUUUUUAUCGACUUUGGAGAUUCAAAACUUUAAUUGCUAAUUCUUAUUAAGUAUUUCGUGUAGUGUAAAACCCUUCUGGAAAUUGGAAGCCUACAAUGUUCCGCUUUAUUGUAUAAUAUACUAUAAUGUUACAGUUUUAUAUUUAAAUCUAGAAAAUAUAUUACAAAUAUGUGAAAGAAAAAAAAGUAUUAUCGAUUUUAAUUUAUUAAAAAAACCUUAACAUGAAGGUACAGUUUGUGCUUCAGUCAGAUAUACCAACAUGUUUCCUCCCAUUAUUGAUUUUAGCCCUGAAAAACUGAAUAAUAAAAUGAAAAUAACUCAACGAGCCUUGAAGAGACUUUAAGAGAUAAAAUCCUAAACAAAGAAGUUUUUAGAACAAAAGUUACAGAUGCAAAUGAAAAAGGAACAGUGCUGGCUACUUUACAAUAUUGUCAUAUAGAUGGAUUUGAAUUGGAUCCAAGUCUAAGCAAAAUAGUCGUUGAGGGAGACUGAUCUCCAAGAGUGAACGAGACAGGCUGAUGAUAUGCCAUGAGAAGCUGAAUGUUGUAAUUCCAAAUAUCAUACAUCCUUGGAAGCAAAAAAUCAAAGUAGAUGACAGAAAUUGCGACCUAACAUGAACCCCAAGUAAUCUAUUUUGUUUU